CACCUCCACACCGCGAAACCUCUCGACCCUCCCCGGAAAAGCCCCCGGCACCACAGCCGCUGCGGAAAAUCCACAGAUACAAAAACUAAAGACAGAAGUUUACUAAUAUUGCCGUGAUCGUGCGAGGUACCGGGCGCGCGGUGUUUGGACCCACCUAUAAAGUGGUACAGUCCCGUUACGCGCAGCCCGUGCGCCCCGUUCACUGCCGCAGAUAGCGGACAACCAGAGGGACCAACAUGCGGACAAAGUGCACUUUACCAUAAAACGGACUGUAGAAUGAACUUUUACCGAGCGGCUCCUUUGCUGGCAGCAUUGGUGUGCGUGUGCGAUGGCGUGCACGUCACAGUGCGGGAGAAGCAGAGGUUUGCGAUGCUCUUCCAGUCCGUGGUCCUCCCUUGUCAGUACCAAACGGCCUCCACCCAGAACCCGGUGGUGCAGUGGUGGUACAAGUCCUACUGCCGAGACCGCACACGAGAGUCCUUCACCCUGCCCGAGAGUCUGGGCGUCCAAGCCUCUGAGCUGGGCGCGGCGUCCCACCUGGAGUGCUCCGACAGCGGCCGCACGGUCCGGGUCGUGGCCUCGGCGCAGGGAGCCUCCAUGACGCUGGCUGAGCACUACAAAGGACGAGACAUCGCCAUCGUCAACAAAGCAGACCUGCGCAUCGGGGAGCUGCAGUGGGGGGACAGUGGAGUUUACUUCUGUAAAGUCGUCAUUGCUGAUGAUCUGGAGGGAAAGAACGAGGCCCAGCUGGAGUUACUGGUGCUCGGCAGGACAGGUCAGAAGGACGAUAUCCUACCUGAGUUUGAUGUGGAGAUUAUGCCAGAGUGGGCGUUUGUGGGAUCUGUGGCCCUGGGCAGCAUCUUGUUCCUGCUGUUGUUGGGGAUCUGCUGGUGCCAGUGUUGUCCCCACUCCUGCUGCUGCUAUGUCAGCUGCUGCUGCUGCCCUGACACCUGCUGCUGUCCGCGACACCUAUACGAGGCGGGGAAGAUGGCUAAGAGUGGUCUGCCUGCUCACGCUCCUGUGUAUCCCUACUACAUUCCUGGUGUUCCUGCCGGUGUUCCUACUGUUGUUCCUCUUGCCCCUUCAUCUCACGCGGAGACAAAGAUCGCCUCCAUCCCUUCGGUGGAGAAUAACCUGGCUGGAGCCCGCAUUGGUUAUCGACUGAAAGCCAGUCCAGACCAGGACUCAAUGAAAGUUCUGUAUUACAUUGAGAAGGAGCUGGCUCAGUUUCCCUCUACCGAGACGGAUGCAUAUAAACCCAGUAGCUUCUCAGAGCUGAGCUCCCUUCACGAUGGAGGGAACACCGACUUCAGGCACACCUACCAGACGGUGCAGAUGAAGGCGCUCCCGCCCAUCGCGGACCUCGAUGACCAGUCGGUGCUGAGAGCGUCUCACCGUACGCAGAGCCGCAGGCCCAGACGGAUCAGAGGCAACUACUCAGACGAUGAGCUCGACAGAAGGUGGAACCCCCGCUCAGAGCACCUGCAGAGGAAGACGUUGGACAGAAGAGGGCGCACCGGCUCCCUGGACGAGCUGGAGGAUUUCGCCCUGACUUACGGCUCCCGAGGUCGUCGCGCUCCGCCACCAGGCCGGUCCUACGAGCGGGACGACAGCCCUCCGAGGCGCUUCUACAGAGACGAGGAUGACGGCUGGGUCCGCCGCAGCCCCUCCCCUUUACCUCAGAAGAGGAGGGACACGUGGGACAGUGAUCGUCCCUGUCGACCCCCACAGGGCAAAGGGUACGAUGACACCUUCCUCAGCAGCGUGCUGGACAGCAAGACCAGGGGGCGGGGAAGGGACAGAGGGGCUUGUAGACCGGACGAGGACAGUGACACUCCCUCGAAAGGCAGCUCCAGAGGGAAGGCCAGCGAUAGUUACUACAGCCGGUCGCCCAGCAACCGUCCAGAGGAGGAGGACCCUCUGCCGCCGUACUGUGAGCGGGAGGCGGAGCGGCACCGCAGGGCGGACUCGACCGUGGACCGGUACCGCGCUGCGGAGCCUCACAGAUCAGAGCUAUACGCGACCACGGAGCCCGCCAUGAGGCCUUUCUGUUACACCCGCCCCCACCAGGGGCCGUCCCACGCGCUGCAACAGGGGGGCCGAGAGGAGAGGGACAGGAACCGAAACCUGAGUACUGCACUGAGCAGGGACUCUCUCAUAGUGUGACAAGUUUUCACAGCCUCAACCCGCUCAGCGCUGCCGGUUCCGAGUCCAGCUCGUCUCCAUGAGAAUAACUGCACCACAGAGACGGCAGUAGUGGAUCGGACAAGGAUGAAAAAUACAUGUGCGCUUUGUACAGGACGCUUUUACUCGAGUGCAUGAAUUAUGUCUGGGUAUUUCUUCAUGUGUAGUUAACAGAUGUUGUGUACGUGUUUCUUCGUUUGAGUGCGAAGGUGUUUUUAUAUUUUCAAUUAUUUGCCAUUUUUUUUAACUGCAGGAUUCCACAAUCUUAUGUUUUCCUACAGACUUCACACUUCUCCCUCACUUAAUACAUUGCAACUCAGGUUCACUUUGUAUUUGUGUGUUUGUCUGUUGUUGAUAUUGUUGUACUGUAUGAAAGUACUGUACCUUGAAUUUUAUCUGAAGAUUUUUUUUUGCACUGCUUAAAUACUUUUUCAAUAAAGAAAACUUUAAAGAUG